AUGGCGAACCUCUUCGAGCAGAAGCUCAAGGACUUUGAGAUGCGCGCCUUGACGCUGCAGGACUUCCAGGACGCCUGCAUUGUGGCUCAGCUGGACAGAAUGCGGGCGCGAAUGAAGGCGCACAGGCAGAAUUUGGUUGGCUGUGCCUUCCACAUCGACAACUUCAUCAGGCAUCUGGCGCUGGGCCGGGAAGAGUUGCGGCGGCGCGCGGUGAGCCGGUUCCAGCUGAAGCUCACCACCAGCUUCUGCGCGGAUCUCUGGACCUCCCUGCAGCAGUGGGUGGAGCGGAGAUCCCAAGACGAGCCCAUGAUCUGUUGCGAGACCUUCUUGAAGAUGGCCGAUGCCAUUCAAACUUUCCAGGCCUACGAGAUGGAUUUCUUAGCCAACAUCUUCGAGCGAGUGGACCGGCUCCGAAAAGGAGAAGUAGCCGGGGGCUGA